UGGUACUGUUAAGACUAUACUUUCAGGGAUCAUUUCUAUAGUUCGUUACUAGAGAAGUUUCUCUGAAUGUGUAGAGUACCCGAAACCACGAGGAGGAGGUGUAGUGUUCUCUUCUGAGCGUGAAAACGGCGUUUGGCGUUGUUUACAACUGCUAAUUGCCAUUGAUGAUCGUUCUUCUCCUCUUUUUGGGGAGUUAGAGGGAGAGAAUGCAGUCUGAGUGGUUUCGUUGUUUAUGUCUGUACAAAACAGCAUAUGUGGUUUUUGAAGUAUUGUGGUGGGUGCUAUUAGAGGAAUUUAUGUUGAUGCAGUUAACUCCUUGGGCCAGACUGCACUUUUCGUUGCAGCAUUAUUAGGCCUUACAAAAUUAGUUGAUGUUCUGCUGGAAUAUGGAUCAGAUCCAAAUCACCGCUGCUUCGAUGGAAGCACUCCUGUUCACGCAGCAGCAUUUUCAGGCAAUCAGUGGAUCCUCAGCAAACUGCUGGAUGCAGGGGGUGAUCUUCGACUCCAUGACGAGAAGGGUCGAAACCCGCAGACCUGGGCCCUGACGGCAGGGAAGGAGCGCAGCACCGCGAUUUCCCUGUCAGGGGCUCCUGGCUCCUCAGAUCUUUCAGGUCAGAGUGUUCCUGGUCCACUGAAGGCCAGGGUAGCUCUUAGAUCACUGCAGCAUUGAAUAUCUCCGCGGUGUGUUGCAGAUGGUGGAGUUCAUGCAGCGCUGUGCCUCACACAUGCAGGCCAUCAUACAGGGUUUCUCUUAUGACCUCCUGAAGAAGAUCGACUCCCCUCAGCGGCUCAUCUGUGGCCCACCCCGGUUUGGCGGUCUCAUACAGGGAAACCCCAAUGGCUCUCCUAAUCGUCUGCUUAAAGCUGGAGUCAUUUCUGCGCAAAAUAUCUACAGCUUUGGCUUUGGGAAGUUUUAUCUCACAGGGGGAGCACAGCUGGCCUACCUAGGAUCUCUCCCAGUAAUUGGAGAAAAGGAAGUGAUUCAAGCUGAUGAUGAGCCUACCUUCUCUUUCUUUAGUGGCCCCUACAUGGUCAUGACCAACCUGGUGUGGAACGGGAGCAGGGUCACAGUGAAGGAGCUGAAUCUCCCCACCCACCCUCACUGCAGCAGGCUUAGGCUGGCUGACUUGUUAAUUGCGGAGCAGGAGCACAGCAGCAAGCUCCGGCACCCCCACCUGCUGCAGCUGAUGGCUGUGUGCCUGUCCCAGGACCUAGAGAAGACCCGCCUUGUGUAUGAGCGCAUCACUGUCGGCACACUGUUCGGUGUCCUCCACGAACGGCGCUCCCAGUUCCCUGUGCUGCACAUGGAGGUGAUCGUGCACCUGCUGCUCCAGAUGUCCGAUGCCCUGAGAUACUUGCAUUCCCGGGGGUUUAUCCACCGCUCCCUCAGCUCCUAUGCCAUUCACAUCGUCUCCACAGGUGAAGCAAGGCUAACCAACCUGGAGUAUAUGAUGGAAAGCCAGGAUGGACGUAUACACAGGGACCUGACUCGAGUGCCCCUCCCGACCCAGCUGUACAACUGGGCUGCCCCAGAGGUGAUCUUACAGAAGGCAGCAACAGUGAAGUCAGAUGUUUACAGCUUUUCUAUGAUCAUACAGGAGAUUUUAACAGAUAACAUACCCUGGAAUGGUUUAGAUGGCUCAGUUAUCAAAGAAGCCAUAGUCUUGGGAAAUUAUUUAGAAGCUGAUGUCAGGCUUCCAAAGCCUUACUAUGAUAUUGUUACGUCAGGCAUCCAGGUCAAGCAGAAAGACCGAACUAUGAACCUUCAAGAUAUCCAGUACAUUCUGAAGAAUGACUUAAAGGAUUUUCUUGGAACCCAGAGAACUCAGCCAACUGAGAGCCCCAAGGUGCAGAGAUAUGAACUCCAUCCUGAUGUCAAUGUCUAUCUAGGACUGACCUCAGAACAUCUGAAAGAGACCCCUAACUUGGAAAUAAAAGAGCUAAAGGAAAUGGGGAGUCGGCUUCAUUCACCCAGGGGUCCCUCUUCUCCCACCGAGAAAGCAACACCAGAUCCUCAAGUCCUAGAUCCAAGUAUGAUGGCCAAGGAGACUCAGAACCAAGACGCUGCUUCACCUGCUGGCUCUGUGGCGGAAGAGGCCAGGAGCCCCAGCCCAGGUCAAGCAAGCCUCUGUAGCUUCGAAAUCAACGAAAUCUACUCGGGCUGCCUGGACAGGGGAGAUGACAAAGAGAAGGAGCCUCCGGGAGCUGGUUCAUCUUUUGAGGGGGCUGGACCAAGCCAGGCAGAUGAACUGAAGUCCAUGGAAGAAGAGCUGGACAAGAUGGAGAGAGAGGCGUGCUGUUUUUGUGAUGAGGACGAGAGCUCUUCAGAAGCUAGCACAGAGCUCUCCUUUGAGGACUGGGAUUGGCAAAAUGGUUCUCUUAGUUCACCCAGCUUGCCCGAGCCAGCCAGAGAAGCCAAGGGCAAUGUGAGCAAUAGGUGCAUGACCGAGGAGUACAUCAGUAAGUGUGUGCUGAAUCUAAAGAUUUCACAGACAUUAAUGCACCAGAAUGCCGAUUUGCUCAGGAAUAUCCAACAGAAAAUCGAUAAGCUUGAGAUGAUACAGAGGGAGCAGGAGGAGUGCAGGUCUUUGUGGGCUUCUUCAAGAGAGUUCGCAAACAUCUAUGACUCCCCUUCAGCCCUGGGCCCCCCAGCUUCCAGCUAUGCACCUCCUGUCAGGCAGCUGCCGGGCCAGCAGCUGAACACCAGUGGCAAUUGCCUAACCCUGACAAGGUCUUCCAUAGUGAGAGACUUCGAAGGGGGACAUUUUGGCAAAAGGUCCAGGAAAAGAAGUGGCUGUGGCUGGAAACCUGUCACCCAAGUCUCUGAAGAAAGCACUGGAGAUGAGUCAGAGAAGAGCCAUCAGCUGCCAACUUUUUGUGGACCUGGAAAACAGAGCACAAGUGACCAGUCACAGCCCAUUCAAGGAGCCAAAUGUAGUUUGGAAAGAAACAGGACCCCAAAUACCAGUAGCCAGGGAAGGCCUAAAGAGUCCAGUGCCCGAACCAAGCUGACUCAGCUUACUAGUGCACUUGUUACUGUGUCAAGCCACCCCAAGGGACCUCCUGUGUCAUCUGGCCCUGGCCAGGGCUCUACUAGGAUCAGUAUGGAGUCCGUCUCUUCUGAAAUCUGUAACGCAAAGUCAAGAAAUAAUGAAGAUGAUGGAGAGGUAUACUUGAAAUGGAAAAUGGAGGUGAAAGAUAUGGCAGAGAGAGCAGCUACUGGGCAGCUGGUGGUACCACCUUGGCAUCCUCAAAGUAGUGUGACUUCAGAGGGUGAGGCGAAGAAUGUGCCUGAUACCCUGCUGCAGCCCCUGCUGAGGGACCCUGAGAAAGUGGGCUGGCAGUGCAUUGUAGAGUAUCCCAGGAAAAAUGAUGAGCCAGGAGGAAAUGGCAAGUGUGACAAAAUGGACAACAGUGACUGUGACAGUGACCAGCAUGGCAGACAGCCUGGGCCUCAAAGCUGCACCAGUAUCAGGCACCUGUCUCCCAGAAAAAAUGAGCAGCCAGAACAUAGUGAAGUCUUUCAAGCAAGUUCUGAUGCAUCUGUGGUCGUUGAGAAAUCUUAUAGCGAUCAGUCUGUGCGAUCAACUUGUUCACCAGAAUCUUCUGAGGACAUAACAGAUGAAUUUUUAACUCCAGACCAUGAAUAUUUUUAUUCCUCAACUGCUCAAGAAAACUUAGCUCUAGAGACCUCAAGCCCCAUAGAAGAGGACUUUGAAGGAAUACAAGAUGCAUUUGCCCAACCUCCAGGCUCUGGUGAAGAAAAGUUCCAAAUGAGAAAAAGCCUUGGAAGGAAUGCUGAGAUUUUGACCAGAUCUCAAUUCCAACCUAUACGAAGUACUGAAGGUGAACAAGAGGAGACAUUAAAGGAAUCACCAGAGGAGCUGAAGGAGAAAGACAUAUCACUGACAGACAUUCAAGACCUUUCUAGUAUCUCCUACGAACAAGAUGGUUCUUUUAAAGAAGUCUCAUGCAAAACCCCCAAAAUAAACCACGCACCUACAAGUGUCAGCACUCCGCUCAGCCCAGGGUCGAGUUCUUCAGCUGCCAGUCGGUAUAAAGACUGCCUUGAAAGUAUCACAUUUCAGAUUAAAACAGGGUCUACCUCAUACUGGAACAGUCAGGAAUCUAUUCAAACUUCAUCUGAUAGAUUUUCAACCGUUCGAGAGAAAGCAAAGAGCCUAGAUUCCUUUCUUACUUCCCCUGAAACUGUUCCUUCAAGAUUGACUGAUCUUAAAAGAUUGUCUGCAUUUACUGGGGUCGGUUCCUCCAGCAUUGCUAAGUCACCUGACACAUCAUCGUCCCAUGCCACCCAGAGAAGGAGCCUGCCAAAAGCACUAGUAGAAGCCAUUUCACAGCAUCACAUUGAUGAGCUACCACCACCAUCUCAGGAGCUGCUUGACGAAAUUGAGCACUUGAAGCAGGAGCAGGCCUCAUCCACAGUGUUGGGGGAGAACACAGCAAGUCAUCUGGGCAUCACUGCAAAUGAUCAAAGGCAUUUAGAAGAACAAGCAACUAACUGUGAAAAAGAACAUAGCAGUAUGCUUUGGACCAAAGAAACUCAGGAUCUAGAAGAGGACACAGAGAGAGCUCACUCUACUCUCGAUGAGGACCUAGAAAGAUGGCUACAGCCCCCUGAGGACAGCAUGGAGCUACAAGAUCUCCCUGAAGUUUCUACAAGGGAGGCAAAUAUCAAGGACCAAGAAGCUGGUGAAAAGAAGACAAAAGAGGAAGAAAGGAUCAAAUCAGAGAGAAGGAAAUCAGACAGUUUUUUAGGAACUUCUGAAGAAGAGGAACUAAAACCCUGUUUUUGGAAGCGACUGGGUUGGUCUGAACCAUCCAGGAUAAUCGUGCUGGAUCAGAGUGACUUGUCUGACUGACGGGAAUUGGAUCAUAGGUGGACUCCUGGCCUGAGUUGGAGCAUCCUGCUCAAGAGCCCCCGCCUCUCCUCACCUGCUUCAGUCACCAUCAGGGCAGUGAUUCCGUAGCUCACACUCUGUUCAGUUGCCACAAUAGACAGAACACUGGCCCUAUCUGUUUGCAGCACAUGUAACAAUUUGUUUCUGGUUCACAUGUCUGAUAAGUGAAAGCUUUUAUUGUAAAAUUUUCUCAUUGUUUCCAGAAUGGCUUUUGGUUUUGUUGUUUAAGAUUUUUGAACACUUUAACUCCUGUUAUAUAAUAAAAUAUUUACUUUUAA